AUGCAAAUCUCCAGAGUCGGAGGAUCUGUUCGACAUUUUUCGUCCGUGCGACCUUUGUUCGCACAGAAUCUCACUGAAAAAAUUGUCCAAAAGUAUGCCGUGGGGCUCGCUGAUGGGAAAGAAGUGCACUCUGGCGACUAUGUCUCCAUUAGACCCUCACACUGCAUGUCCCACGACAAUUCAUGGCCAGUAGCGCUAAAGUUCAAGGGCCUUGGAGCAGCGAAAGUUGCCGAUAAUCGCCAGGUUGUGAUGACCCUCGACCACGAUGUUCAAAACAAAUCCGAAAAGAACUUGGAAAAGUACCGCAACAUUGAGAACUUUGCCAAGGAACAAGGCACUGAUUUCUACCCGGCCGGUCGGGGAAUUGGCCAUCAAAUCAUGGUCGAGGAGGGCUACGCGUUUCCCUACAACCUCACUGUUGCAUCUGAUUCCCAUUCAAAUACUUACGGCGGCGUGGGUUGUUUGGGAACUCCCGUUGUGCGCACAGACGCUGCAUCUAUUUGGGCUACAGGCAAGACCUGGUGGCAGAUUCCGCCUGUCGCCAAGGUCGAGCUUCGCGGUGAGCUCCCCGCCGGUGUUACUGGAAAGGACGUGAUUGUUGCUCUCUGUGGUGUGUUCAACAACGACGAGGUUCUUAAUCACGCUAUUGAAUUCGUUGGCGAUGGUGCUAAACACCUCUCUGUUGAUGAGCGUCUCACUAUUGCCAACAUGACUACGGAAUGGGGUGCGUUGACCGGCUUGUUCCCUGUUGAUGAUGUUCUGGUCAAGUGGUACGAGGAAAGACUUACCCGCCUGCCUCAGCCCCACCCUCGGGUCAACCGCGAGACUGUGGACUCUCUGAAAACCCCCCUAUCUGCUGAUGGGGAUGCUUAUUACGCUAAGGAGCUAGUUUUGGAUCUGAGCACCUUGUCGCCUUGUGUCUCAGGCCCCAACUCUGUCAAAGUCUCCAAGCCCCUUAGUGUGCUGGCUGAACAAGAUAUCAAGGUAAACAAGGCCUAUCUUGUUUCUUGUACAAACUCUAGAUUGAGUGAUAUCGAAGCUGCUGCCAAUGUUGUCAAGGGCAAGAAGAUCGCCGAUGGUGUUGAGUUUUACGUAGCUGCUGCUUCUUCUGAGGUCCAGAAAGACGCAGAGGCUGCUGGGUACUGGCAGGAUAUCAUCAAUGCCGGCGCUAAACCGCUUCCCGCCGGAUGCGGCCCUUGCAUUGGUUUAGGCACUGGCUUGCUGGAAGCUGGCGAGGUCGGCAUUUCUGCCACCAACCGUAACUUCAAGGGACGUAUGGGCUCCCGUGAUGCUUUAGCAUACCUCGCGUCUCCUGAAGUUGUUGCCGCCUCUGCCAUUCUCGGUCGUAUUGGUUUCCCUGAAGAAGUCGAGGGCAAAGCUGUUCCCAAAACACAGGAUCUUGUAAAGAAUAUCAAGGCCAACCCCAAGCCUACCGGUGCUAGUGCUACUGAAGCUGCCGUCUCAGUUUUGCCUGGCUUCCCCGAGAGUAUUGAGGGCGAACUGGUUCUUUGUGAUGCUGAUAACAUCAAUACGGAUGCUAUCUACCCUGGCAAGUACACCUACCAGGACGAUGUUCCUAAGGAGAAGAUGGCUGAAGUCUGUAUGGAGAACUACGAUCCCGAGUUCGGCAAAAAGACCAAAGCUGGUGACAUCAUUGUCUCUGGAUUUAACUUUGGUACUGGCUCGUCUCGCGAACAGGCAGCUACCUGUAUUCUCGCCCGCGGUAUCCAGCUGGUAAUCGCUGGAUCCUUCGGUAACAUUUUCUCCCGCAACUCCAUCAACAAUGCUCUUUUAACUCUCGAGAUCCCUGCUUUGAUCGAGCUCCUACGCUCCCAGUACACCUCCGGAGAGCCUACCAUCCGCACUGGCCUGUUUGCUCGGUGGGAUGUCAAGUCCGCUACCGUCACUGUGCGCGAUAAUAAUGGCCAAGAGAUCUUGAAGGAAAAAGUAGGCGAGCUCGGCGAGAGCAUGCAAGAAAUUAUUGUUGAAGGUGGUCUCGAGAAAUGGGUCUCAAACCAGCUUAAAAAGUAG